AUGUUAUUUGCUACACUAUUUUACAUCCAUGAGAGGAAAGGAAUAUCCAACUUCGCCUUAGAAGCUACUCUCAGAGAUCUGGUGGCUGGAAUUGACGAAGCUUUUGAUAUUGAAUUUAAUCUGAACCAGAGGGAUCAGGAGGAUCAUCAUACUCCGUGCAUUGUUGAGGCGAAUCUAGAUCCGGUUGAUACCGGGGAUAUAUUGGAUAAUGCAGACAAUGCUACCACCGUUACUUUUGCCACGACCGCAAGCUCCGACAUUGAAGUGAUUUCUUACUGUGCUUCUACUAAUGAGGCAGAGUCUUAUGCCUUUUGUCCUUCUGGAAAUGAAAACACUGGGUCUUGUGGGUUUGGGUAUGUCGGUUUCAGUGACAGUGUUGCUGCUGAGGCUAUAAAUCCAUUUAUUGCUGAAAUGGCCUCAACCAACAGUCUUGGUAACACCAGUGCCGGUCAAGCUCUCCAAGUUGGACGAGAUUCUUCCAACAGUGUGAAUAGUUUAGCGCGUGUCCGUGGUUGGUCCAUAGGUCGUGGCUACACUAGCACUUUGACAGCUGAAAACAAUGAAAGUCUAUCUAUGCUGCCUUCGCCACGAGAAACCGAUUCUGGUGAACAUGGCGAAAAGAGGUGA